CAAUCAGAGAAAGAAAACACAGACCUACGUUCCUGCGUUGCUGGGUAGAUAAAACAAAAAACAACAGGAUUCGUGUUAAGAGUUGGAAGCUUUGGACGCAACAGACGGUCAGUUUUCAUCGUGAGGUUUUAUUUGAAAUAAUUUGUUUGCACGCUGCUCUGCUGCAAAAUCUCUUUUCUGUUAAAAAAAAAAUGGCAACUGACUGCGAGGCCUGGCUGAACGCAAACCCCGUUGCAGAGGCGGAGGACCUGAGUGACUCCUUUUUAUCUGGAGAGGAAGACAAUGCGGGAUUCGUUGUCAACAAAAACUUCAGAAAUGAGAUAAAUGGCAACUUGCUGUCCUCGUCUAGCAUCAGCAUCCACGAAGCACGUCUCAAGGCGAAGGCCAAGCGGAGGCUGAGAAAGAACUCCUCCAGGGACUCCGGCAGGGGAGACUCUCUCAGCGAUAACGGGGACGUGGUCAGUGGAACCUCGGUGGCACCCAGCAGCCCUAAGAGCAAGCUGCUAGACAGAAAGUCCCGACUGGGCAAGGGCAGAGGUCUGCCAAAGAAAGGUGGGGCUGGAGGAAAAGGUGUGUGGGGCCGAUCUGGUGAAGUUUAUGAACUGGAGGAGGUGGAUCAGAAAGACCCCAACUAUGACGAAGCUCAGGAAAACUGUGUGUAUGAGACUGUGGUUCCCCCGCUGGAUGAGAGGGACUUUGAGAAGACAGUCACCCCCAUAGUGCAAGAGUACUUUGAACAUGGAGACACAAAUGAAGUAGCGGAGCUGCUUGCAGAACUGAACCUGGGACCGAUGCAGAGCAAAGUGCCCUCGCUGGCUGUGUCGCUGGCCCUGGAGGCCAAAGCCAGCCACCGGGAGCUCACCUCCAGGCUGCUGGCCGACCUGUGUGGGCCGGUGCUGUCCCUCAGCGACAUGGAAAAGUCCUUCGACCAACUGCUCCUAGAGCUGCCCGAUCUGGUCUUGGACACACCUGGAGCCCCACAGUUGGUGGGCCAAUUCAUUGCACGCGCUGUGAGCGACCAAAUAUUGUCCAAGAGCUACAUCGAUGGCUAUAAAGGCAGAGUUGACUGUCAAUACACAAGAGUGUCACUAGACCGGGCGGCGGUGCUGCUGAGGAUGAGUAUGGGUGGCCUACGCAUAGACAACCAGUGGGGGACAGGCGGGGGCCAGAGACCUGUCAUACAGCUCAUUAAAGAGAUGAUCCUGCUGCUGAAGGAGUACAUUCUGUCUGGAGACAGCAAGGAGGCUGAGAAGUGCCUGAAAGAUCUGGAGGUUCCCCAUUUCCACCAUGAGUUUGUCUAUGAGGCAAUUGUGAUGAUGUUGGAGUCCAAAGGAGAGAAAACAUUGAAAAUGAUUCUGCAGUUACUCAAGUCCCUGUCUGUCUCUUCCGUCAUCAAUAUAGACCAAAUGAGAAGGGGCUAUGAAAGAGUUUAUAUGGACAUUGCUGAAAUCAACAUUGAUGUCCCUCGUGCAUACUUCAUCCUGGAGCAAUGUGUUGACAAAAGCUUCAGUAUGGGAAUCAUUGAUGUAAAGUUAAGAGAUCUUUGUCCCUGUCGAGGCCGGAAGAGAUUUGUCAGCGAGGGAGAUGGUGGUGUUGUCAAACUUGAAAGUUACUGAGGAGCCCUUUUUUAAUGUGCCAGAUUUCCCGGAAAGAAGAGGACAAAGCUACUUUUUUACUUGCAUAUUUUUCAAAAUAUUGGGGUAAAAUGUUUUUCCCAAAAUAAUGUUCAUUUCUAAAAUUGGAAAAAAAAAAACUGCACUUUUGAUUGAAACUGAAGUAGAUCACUUUCUUCAAGGUGUUUCAAUAUAAACAUAUACAUAAGCUAACCCUUAAAGUGCCACACCUCGCAGUGUCAGUCAUUCCAUGUUGUUUUUGUACAGUAUUUUCUUGAUUUCACUGCCACUCCUUUUGUUUUGUAGAAAGCAGUGUUUGUACUGAGAUGACUUGUUUGUGUCAAAAGCUUUAUAAAGGGGGGUAUAAAAAAAUAAAGAAAAGGGGAGCACGUUGGUUAAAUGCAAUACUAGCUCCAUAACUAGCUGCUGUUUCUAUGCUGUGCUUGACUAUUUUUCUUUUUACCCUUUAAAUUACACACAUGUCAUUGUUGAAGGUAUCAAGACAAAAACAAAUACCAGUUGGGUAACUUCAGAAAAUAGUGUUUAGAGUGUUUAUUUUUUAUAUCUGGGGAGUACUGGUGUUGUAAAUGUACCAGUAUUGGACCUUGUUUGUUCAUUAAAUCGCUAUUUAAAAAAAAAAAAAAAAAAAAA